AUGGCGAGGGCAGAUCGUCCAAAUAAAAAUGAUCAGCUUAUGGAACUUGAUCGUGCGGGAAUAAAAGUUGAUUAUAGAACAAAAUCACCACGUUUCUCAUGUCAAGAUCCUGAAACACUCGCUGAUGGUUUACGUCAUCUUGAGCGACAUGGAUACACAAUUAUAUCAGAUGUAUUAGACGAAAUCGAAAUAAACACUGCAAAAAAUCUCAUUUGGCAACAUUUAGAAGGUCUCAAGUCACCAUAUAAGAUAAAACGUGGACAAAUUCAUACAUGGAAUAUAUGGCCAGGUAGACAUGAAGCUGGUAUUGUUGAAGAUUUUGGAUCUGGUAAUUCACAAGCUCAAUGGUUUAUCCGUUCUGUACCUGCAAUUAAAGAUAUUUUUGCUGAAAUCUGGCUUACUCGAAAUUUGUUAUGUUCAAUGGAUGGAAUUGGUCUUUUCAGACCUUGGCAUUUGAAUCCACAAAUUCAACAAAGAGAUAUUGAAAAUAAAACUAAUCCAUGGAAAACUAUUGGUGCUAAUUGGCAUGUCGAUCAAAGUCCAGUUACAAAACCAAAUCGAGUUUGUGUUCAAGGUAUUAUUAAUUUAUUACCAGCAGAUGAAACAACUGGUGGAUUAAUGGUAAUACCUGGUUCACAUAAUCGAUUUCAUGAAUUACUUUCCAUUUGGAAAAAAACAGGAAAUAAUUCUAAAAUUCCUCUAUAUCAUGAAAUAUUACAAGAAGGAUAUGGUUUAUUAAUUCAUGCACAACCAGGUGAUUUAUUAUUAUGGGACUCUCGUACUGUUCAUUGCAAUACUCCUUCAUUUGUUACACCACAACCACUUAACAAUGGUGAAAGAACUGAUUUAUUGAGAAUGGUCAGUUAUAUUUGUAUGACACCAUUGGCAUUUGCAGAAAAUCCAGAUGAAUUAAUUGAUCGUCGAUUGAAUGCAUUUCGUUAUCGAUUAACAACAUCACAUUGGCCACAUGAGUUUCAAUUAAUGGGCGGAGAGAUUUCAAGAGGUGAAAAUAGUAUUCAAUUGACAGAUUAUCAGAGAAAUCUCAUUUUAGGAAUUGAUCAAUAA